UGCACGGCGUCUGCCAGGCGUCUGCGGUCACGAGUCGGUGGCACGUGUAGGUGGCUGGGGCUCGCCUAGUAUUGAUAAUUGUCUGGCUUCGAGUUUCUUGGUGCAUCGGUUGAUAUUAUCCGCAGCUGUUCUGUGCAUAAGAACCGGUCAUGGACGGCGAACUGUAUGAUGAGUUCGGCAACUACAUCGGACCUGAGCUGGAGUCGGACGAGGAUGAGCCGGACGAGGCUGAGCUGGCGCGCCAGCAGCUGGUGCCGGCCGGCGGCGACGAGGCCGACGAGCCGGCCGACGACAUGGACGCUGAGGACGCCGAGCCGGCUCAGCUGGCUGUCGUGCUGCACGAAGACAAGAAGUAUUACCCGAGCGCCGAGGAGGUUUAUGGCGCCGACGUGGAGACGCUCGUGCAGGAGGAGGACGCGCAGCCACUCACGCAGCCCAUCAUCGCGCCGGUCCGGCGCAACAAGUUCUCGCACGUCGAGCAGGAGCUGCCGGAGACCGUGUACGAGAUCGAGUACCUGGCCGACCUCAUGGACAACGCGGCGCUGAUCCGGAACGUGGGCCUGGUCGGCCACCUGCACCACGGCAAGACGAGCUUCGUCGACUGUCUGAUGCAGCAGACGCACCCGGAGCUGCGCACGCUGGACGACCGGCCGCUGCGCUACACUGACACGCUCUUCACCGAGCAGGAGCGCGGCGUCAGCAUCAAGGCCACGCCGCUGACGCUGGUGCUGCAGGACUGCCGCAGCAAGUCGUACCUGCUGAACCUGUUCGACACGCCCGGCCACGUGAACUUCUCGGGCGAGGUGACUGCGGCGGCGCGCCUCUGCGACGGCGUCGUGCUGUUCGUGGACGCUUCAGAGGGCGUGAGCCUCAACACAGAGCGCCUGCUCAAGCACGCCGUGCAGGAGGGCCUCGCUGUCACGCUCUGUAUCAACAAGAUCGACCGGCUGGUGCUAGAGCUGAAGCUGCCGCCGCAGGACGCUUACUACAAGCUGCGCCAUGUCAUCGAGGAGGUCAACUCGCUAAUCAGCGUGUAUGCCGGCGAGGAGGACGCCAAGCCAGUCUCGCCCCUGCUUGGCAACGUCUGCUUCGCCAGCUCGCAGUACUCCAUCUGCUUCACGCUCAAGUCGUUCGCCACGCUGUACACCAAGACGUACGGCUCGGAGGUGGACGCGGCAGAUUUCGCGCGUCGCCUCUGGGGCGACAUGUACUUUAACGCCAAGACGCGCCGCUUCACCAAGAAGCCGGCGCACGGCUCGGCGCAGCGCAGCUUCGUCGAGUUCAUCCUGGAGCCGCUGUACAAGCUGCUGGCCAUCGUGGUCGGCGAUGUGGACACGCAGCUGCCGGCGCUGCUGGACGAGCUGGGGGUGCACCUGAACAAGGAGGAGCGCCGGCUGAACAUUCGGCCUCUGCUGCGGCUCAUCUGCUCGCGCUUCCUCGGCGACUUCACCGGCUUCACCGAGAUGUGCGUGGAGCACAUCCCGUCGCCGGCGGAGAACGCGCGCCACAAGAUCGCGCAGACGUACAGCGGGCCGCAGGACUCGCCGCUCGCCGCCGCCAUGGCCGACUGCGACGCCGACGGCCCGCUCAUGGUGCACACGACCAAGCAGUACCCGACCGUCGACGCCACCUGCUUCCACGUGCUGGGCCGCGUGCUGUCGGGCACGCUGCACGCCGACCAGACGGUGCGCCUGCUGGGCGAGAAGUACACGCUGGCCGACGAGGAGGACUCGCGCAUCGUCAACGUCGGCCGGCUCUGGGUGCACGAGGCGCGCUACAACGUGGAGGUGAACCGCGUGCCGGCCGGCAACUGGGUGCUGAUCGAGGGCGUCGACCAGCCGAUCGUGAAGACGGCGACCAUCACGGACACGGAGGACCGCGAGGUGUUCAUCUUCCGGCCGCUGCAGUUCAACACGCAGGCCGUCAUCAAGAUCGCCGUCGAGCCAGUGAACCCGUCCGAGCUGCCCAAGAUGCUGGACGGGCUGCGGAAGGUGAACAAGUCGUACCCGCUGCUGAGCACGCGCGUGGAGGAGUCGGGAGAGCACAUUAUUCUGGGCACGGGUGAGCUGUACCUGGACUGUGUGAUGCACGACCUCAGAAAGAUGUACUCGGAGAUCGACAUCAAGGUGGCCGAUCCGGUGGUGUCGUUCUGCGAGACCGUGGUGGAGACGUCGUCGCUCAAGUGCUUCGCCGAGACGCCGAACAAGCGGAACAAGGUGACGAUGAUCUCGGAGCCGCUGGAGAAGGGUCUGGCCGAGGACAUCGAGAACCAGGUGGUGCAGAUCGGCUGGAACAAGAAGCGGCUCGGCGAGUUCUUCCAGACCAAGUACGACUGGGAUCUGCUGGCGGCGCGCUCCAUCUGGGCGUUCGGGCCCGAUCCGACCGGGCCCAACAUCCUGGUGGACGACACGUUGCCGUCGGAGGUGGACAAGACGCUGCUGGGCGCCGUGCGGGACUCCAUCGUGCAGGGCUUCCAGUGGGGCACGCGCGAGGGCCCGCUCUGCGAGGAGCCGAUCCGCAACGUCAAGUUCAAGAUCCUGGACGCGGUGAUCGCGAGCGAGCCGAUCCACCGCGGCGGCGGCCAGAUCAUCCCCACGUCGCGCCGCGUCGCCUACUCGGCCUUCCUCAUGGCCACGCCGCGCAUGAUGGAGCCCUACUACUUCGUGGAGGUGCAGGCGCCGGCCGACUGCGUCUCGGCCGUGUACACGGUGCUGGCGCGGCGGCGCGGCCACGUCACGCAGGACGCGCCCGUGCCCGGCUCGCCAUUGUACACCAUCAAGGCGUUCAUCCCGGCCAUCGACUCGUUCGGCUUCGAGACGGACCUGCGCACGCACACGCAGGGCCAGGCGUUCUGCCUGUCGGUGUUCCACCACUGGCAGAUCGUGCCCGGCGACCCGCUCGACAAGUCGAUCGUCAUCCGGCCGCUGGAGCCGCAGCCGGCCACCCAUCUGGCGCGCGAGUUCAUGAUCAAGACGCGCCGUCGCAAGGGCCUCAGCGAGGACGUGUCCAUCAACAAGUUCUUCGACGACCCCAUGUUGUUGGAGCUGGCGCGGCAGGACGUCAUGCUCAACUAUCCGAUGUGAGGCCCCGGCGGAGCGGUGUGGCCGGCACUGGGAGGCGCGCGCCUGGCUCCGCCAUCGCGCCGCCGCAGCGCGUGUACAAUGCAUCUCAUCGAGCCGUCGUGGUCGCCAUCAGCGUUCUC